AUGGCGCAUGACAGCCGAUAUAGGGCUUACAAUGUGCGCGGUGGUCUUGAGCACGAGGACGACAUCUCCGAGUAUUUCUCCCUCGCAUGCCCCGCCGACUCGAGGCUAUGGCGAUUCAUGAACUCAGGCGAUGAGUUUUCCGCGCCCAUGCUCUUGACUAGUACGGAUCGGUCGUUCGAUUUGCUGGAGGUGACGGUGUCGGCACCCUUUGAAGAGACUUUUGACCAGGCAGGAAUCGUUAUCUUCUGUGACAUGAGUCCGGAGGAACCCUGGAUCAGUCCAACGUCGCCGCAGGGGCGAAGGCGAAGGAGAAUGCAUUCAGAGCGCGAGCACACUGGGAAAUGGGCGAAGGCUAGCCUCCAGCAAACAAGCGACGGCACUCUUGGGCUAGCGACGGUCAUCACGCACCCGAAUGGAUGGCCAGAUCAAUCCUUCGCGGCGAUUACGUUCGACACCUCUGCUCAUGUGGGAUUCCAACUCCACAAGACCAGCCUACGAAUCAAGUUCGAAAGAGUGAAUGAUGCACUUUGGGUAUGGUAUCGCAUGCCAGAGUCCUUCUCGACUGGGCAACUAUACCCUGAGCAAGUCUCGAACCAAUACACUAAGGCACGCGAAGUUGGUGGCUUUUUCGCAGGGUCUACGGCAAAGUCAAGAGUCAUGGUCGGGUGCUACGCUAGUCGGCCACUGGAGAACGAGAAAGAGUUUGAAGCCGAGUUCGAGGCGCUAGACAUUUUUCCAGGCUCAUGA